AUGAAGUCGAACGCGAAUGCAUAUUCAACUAGAAACAACGAGUAUUUGACGAGGAAGGAUCCUGAGCAGCCGAGUGUAUCGAAUAUGAUAAGUUCGCCUACUUACACGGAGGAGAUCCAGCGCAUCGAUGAGGAAAUACAGGACAUGGAGAGGCUGAUUGUCCAAAAGGAGAAGGAAUGUGAAAUACUGUACCUAUUUCAGCUCAUGCAUGUAAUCCGAGGAGUACUAAGCCAAAAUCAAUAUUUGCAGGACAUCUAG